UCGCCUUGUUUUCCAUUUGACAGCGUUCCAAGGAACUCGAAACCCUAGGCAUGGCGGAAGCUACUAGAUCGGGAUUUUCCCUGUUCUUCCUCGUUGCAGCGAUCCUCUUCGCCGCCUCUUCGGCGGCGCUGGCUGACUCCGAUAUCCCAUUCGUUGUUGCUUACAAGAAGGCGAGCCUCACGAGGCUCAAAUCUGGCGUCGAGCGUGUAUCCGUCUCGAUCGAUCUCUACAAUGAAGGAUCCUCAACUGCUUAUGACGUGAGCUUGAAUGAUGAUAGUUGGUCCCAAGAUAAGUUUGAACUCUUCUCUGGAAACACAUCAAAUACAUGGGAAAAAAUUGAUGCUGGCUCCUCUGUUUCUCACUCUUUUGUUCUGGAGUCUAAAACAAAGGGCGUAUUCCAUGGUUCUCCUGCUGUUAUCAAAUUCCGCAUUCCCACAAAGGCUGCCCUACAGGAAGCGUAUUCUACCCCAAUUCUGCCUAUUGAUGUUCUUGCAGACAGGCCUCCCGAAAAGAAGUUUGAAUGGGCAAAGAGGCUAGUAGCUAAAUACGGAGCCUUGGUGUCUGUUCUGUCAUUCGUGGGAUUGUUCAUCUAUCUCAUUGCAACUCCAUCGAGGGCAGCUGCAAAGGCAAGUAAGAAGAAGCGUUGAUACUUGAUCUCCGCAGGCUGAGCUUGCUACUUUCAUCGCGAUCGAAUGUAUUGUCAGUUUCUACUGCAAGAACUAGAGUUCCCUUCCUAAUUAACUGUUUUAUUUUGUAGUACUACCCUAAUUUUGGAUGAAACAUUUUUGUUCUCUUAGGAAAAUCCAGUAUCCCUUUUUAUUACUAA